UGAUAAAGUAAAAGACUUGUUGGGCAACCCUGCCUGCUCUGUAAUGAGGAGGUGGUGUGUUCCUUUAAGGAGCGAGGCAUGGUGGGAUUGGUAAUGUGAUGAUCAUGUGACCCAAGACAGGAAGCAAUGCAAUGUGCAGAGCUGUGCAGUACACAUGCUGGAUGUGGAGGAUAGAAGCAUAUGAUACAAGGAGGAGCUGGAGUGUGAUGUAAAAAGAAAACCUGAAGGGCUUCAACAAGUUAUGGAAGUAUUUUGGUGAUGUACAGCAUAAACAUCUGAAUGCUAAUGAGAAUGAGAGAUGGAUCAUUGUCAUGCACAACAUAUACAAGGAAAUGGUUCUGGUAGCCCUAAUGUUGAUUUUCCUCAAAGCCAAGAGUUAUUUAGUGACCAAGAACAUACAGAACACGAUUCCGUCAUCAUCCGACAUGAAGCCGACAUUUCAAGCCAGAAUGACAACAGUAAUUUAUUUGAAGAUCAGAUUGUUUGUACACCCACAAGAACUCAUCUAGCGCGAAGGAGUAAAGCAAAUUCAACUCCAAUUCAGAAUAUCGACUCGGAUUCUUCUUCAGACUAUGAGCCGCCACCCAGGAAGCUUACCUUAAAAGAAAUUUUUGACCGUCACUUUAGAAAGAAACGAAAAAAAUAUAAAAAGAAGCCUAAAAAACGUAACCAGUAUUUGUGCUCUGAGAAGAAGCAGCCUCAGAAAGUUCGUAAAAAAAGAAAACCUGUCUACUCCAUUUCUGCCUCAAAAAGAAAAAGCAGAUUGCUUCAUCGUGGAAUUAGGUUUCCUUUUGCAUCAAAAAAACACUUAUCCUUGAAAUGGUGUUUUGCAUAUGAGCAAUACGUCUUGGGUGGUUUUCUGAACUAUGUAAAAAACAUUAAAUAUGAGAACCAUUUACAAAAAUCUCUGUUGGAUAUGAAUGCGGGUGGAGAAAUGGAGGAGGAAAGUUUCGAGGCAAGAAAAUUCAAAUACCUGGAUGAUGAUGAAGAGCCUCUUUCACCUAUUUCUGAGUCUGGAGAAAGCGAUGAAUGUGAAACACAGUACUGUGAUGCAGAAAUUGUGGAUAACAGCUCAUUUAUUUUGGACUGCAGAAUUCCCAGCAAAAAACAAUGGAAAAUGAAAGAUAUAUAAAUAAAAGAGCCAAAACAGAUGACAAGAGACUAUGAAAAAGAAAUCUGAUAAACUUCCCUAAUGAGACCUAUAAAUACUUCUGUUGAGGGGUUUAUUUAGCUAACCCAUACUGUUCUUUUGAAUCAUUUGUCAUGUAUUUUAAAUGUUUAUAUGUGAAACAAAGAUUGUAUACAUAUAUUAAAAACUUGUUGCAGA